AUGGAAGAAAGCAUGGCCGAGUCCAUUAAGAAUAUAUCAAUAAAGAAAAAACAAAUGAGCAUUGUGUUCAUCGGACACGUUGAUGCAGGGAAGUCCACGACAGGAGGGCAGAUUCUGUAUUUGGCAGGGAAAAUAGACAAAAGGACCCUGGACAAGUACGAGAAAGAGUCAAAGGAGAAGAACCGAGAGAGCUGGUACUUGUCCUGGGCGCUGGACAGCAACCCGGAGGAGCGAGACAAAGGAAAAACGACCGAGCUAGGGCAGGCAUACUUUGAAACCGAAAAGGCAGUUGUCCAGAUACUUGACGCGCCUGGCCACAAAAUGUACGUUCCAAACAUGAUUCUUGGGGUCAACCAGGCAGACUUGGCUGUUCUGGUCAUAUCGGCACGACAAAACGAAUUUGAGGCAGGAUUUGAAAAGGGGGGGCAAACACGGGAGCACAUCUACUUAGCAAAGGCUUCGGGCAUCUCCAAAAUGUGCGUGCUUGUCAACAAAAUGGACGAUGUCACUGUGGGCUGGUCGGAAGACCGGUACAACCACAUUGUAAAGUCCACGAAGAAGCUGCUGCAUGCGCUGUUUGGGAAAACAGAAGUCGUAUACAUGCCUAUAAGUGGGUACCUUGGGCACAACAUAAAGGAAAACACGCUUUCUGAGGUGGCUCCCUGGUACAAAGGGCCGUCUUUCUUUGGGUAUUUAGACGACGUGACCAUCCCCAGAGACAACGCGGCGCUGAUGUAUGCGUCUGUCACGGACUCCUCAAAGGAAAUGGGCGGAUACUUUAUCACAGUGCGCGUAGAGCGGGGCAUACUUGAUAAGUCGCAGGUAAAGCUCUUCCCGGGGUCCAGGAAGAUUUCUAUCAUCUCCAUCACAAAAGAGGAGGAGGAGGUCGAGCAGGCGUGCUCUGGGGAGACUGCCAAAAUCAAGCUGAAAGAAAACGAGGAAAUAUACCCUGGAGACGUGAUAACAGCUGCCUCUUACACGGAGACAAAGGACUCCAACUAUUUCAUGGCUGCUCUGAGCAUUCUAGACGCAAAGUCUCUUAUCACAAAGGGAUACAUGGCGGUGAUGCACAUGGGGGCCAGAGAAAUUCCUGUGACAGUAGGAGAGCUAUACAGAAAGGAGGGCGACAAGAUACUUAAGGUUAAAUUUGCAAAAACCGGAGAGAAGCUGACGUGUGAAGUGUUUACAAGCAGCCCGAUCCCCUUGGAGGUUUACUCUCCUGAAAGAAGAACCGGAAUAUUUACGCUGAGAGACGAAACAAGAACAGUUGGGUUUGGGAGGGUUCUAAAAAUAAAAGAAAGAAAGUAA